CCGCUCCCGCUCCCACCCGCGGCGGCGGCGGCGGCGCACGGAGCCGGGGCCGGGACCGGGGCCGGGACCGGGGCUGGAGCAGGGCCGGACCGGGCCGGCAGGACACCGCUGAGAUGUUUGCUGUGUGCCCAGCAAACUCCCCAUUCCGGCAGGGCCGGGGGCGCCCAGCGCUGGGCACGGCCCUCCCAGGGGCGGGACAUGGGCCGGACUCCAACUCCAACUUCGUGGGAGAGGUGUGUGACAGCAACGAGAACUGGAGCCGGCCAGCGCCGGGGUCCCCGCCGGAGGAGCGCUCCAGCCGGAGCGAAAACACCACAAAUCCGUCGGAUAAUCUGCUGUUAUUAAUGCAGAGACAGAUGGUGCAGGGCCGGCUCAGGGACAGCGCCCCGGGCCCGGGUGACACGCAGCCCGAGCAGGGGGAGCGCAGCCCCCCCGAGGGAGCCGAGGUCAGCGGGGCAGGGGGACAGAGCGCUGCCCAGGAGGGCUGUGAGAAAGCCCCGAGCUCCCCCACAGAGGAUAACGGCUAUGCCAGCAGCUCGCUCAGCAUCGACAGCCCCGACAGCACCUGCAGCGCCGCCUGGGACCCUCCUGCCUGUGCCCCCCCAGCUGAGAGCCCCCCUGAGGCUGAGCCCGAGCUGGGCACGCUGUUCCCGGCGCUGGCGGAGGCCGUGCAGCACCUGCAGGACAAGGAGCGCUUCAAGGAGCAGGAGAAGGAGAAGCACCACAUCCAGCUGGUGAUGUACCGGCGCCUGGCCCUGCUGCGCUGGAUCCACGGCCUGCAGCAGAGGCUUGUGGACCAGCAGAACCGGCUGCAGGAGAGUUUCGACACCAUCCUGGAUAACCGCAAGGAGCUCAUCCGCUGCAUGCAGCAGGGCCCAGCCUGCGUCGCUGCUGCGGCUGCCCCUGGGCCCUGAGGUACCACCAGAGCAGCCCAGCCCAGCCCUCACCCUCUGGGUGCUGUGGUGUUGGUUGGUGGCAUCUCCAUCCCGUGCCUGGGUGCCCACCCUGCCCUUCCCAUCUCUCUCCAACGCAGCCAAGAGUCCCCGAGAUGAAGAGUUCAUCUCCAUCAUCCUCUGCACUGGAAUUUGUUCUGUCCUGCAUCCAGGUCUGGGGUGGCACUGGGCUGUGGGGUUUGCUGAGCUGGAGGUGACCAGGCUCAUCUUUAAACUGAGUCUAGUCCAUUGUUGAGCCUGACUAAGCCACAGCAGUGCUGGGAUGGCCAUGCUGUGGCACUGGGCUGGGUCGACCUCAGGACCUUGGGGUUUGCUGAGCUGGAGGUGACCAGGCUCAUCUUUAAACUGAAUCUAGUUCAUUGCUGAGCCUGGCUUAGCCACAGCAGUGCUGGGAUGGCUGUGCUGGGGCCCCAGGGCAGUGAGGCUUCUAAACCUCCCCAGGAAUUGAGGCUUCCAAACCUCCCUGGGAAAGCACUUCCAGUGCUGCAUCCCCACAUCCCACCUGCAUCCCUGCAGCCACAGCCCAGCCCCUGGUAAGCAUUGCUUGUUGGUGAGAGUGAGGUGUCCUGGGCUGUAAAAGAGAAAAAAAAUAAUAAUUCUGAAAAGUGACCUCGGAAUGCUGGAAAGUAAAUUUAAGUCAAAUGAUCCAACACAAUGUUUGUUUUUAAUGUCAGUAUUAGUGAAAAGUUAAUUUAGGUCUAUGUGUGCGUGCGUGUCUGUCUGCUGUGGGCAGUGCUCUCACUCAGUGCAUGAUCCCAAAGCUGCUCAUGAACUUGUGGUGUUGGUGUUUAUAUCAAUUUAUCAUUUGGGAGCAAAAAGAAUUUUGUUUUUUUUUUUUUGAAUCUGCAUUUUAUCCAGUGAGAGCUGUACACAGAACCCAAAGAACAAUUGUCUUACCUAGAGAUGGAAAAGGAGCUGCUGUGUGUGUUUGUUGUGCUUUGCUGUGCAUCCAUAGGACACACAUUCCACUUGGGUGCUGCUGAGGAGGAGCAGCAGAGAGGGCUCAGCCAGAGGGGUCUGCACUCCCCCUCCUGCCCUGGCUGCCAUCAAAGCUGGGCACUGGUACCAUUUCUCAUCUGCAAAGGAGGGUGAUGAGGAUUCCAGAGAUUCCUCCCAGCCAAACUGCUGCCUGCCAUCGGAGCCCAGGAGCCCAGGGAGCAGCAGAGCCUGGCAGCCUGGUCAGAUCCUGGCACCCACCACCCACCAGCUGCUCCUGGACUGUGACAAACCACCGUGGGCAAGCCCAGCAGUGCCCUAUGGGCAGCACCAGCCUCCUCCUGCCCCACAUGGGGCACGGGCUCUGCUCCCCUUUGGGCUGCUGCCAGUGGGUGAAGUCAGGAGAUCCACAAAAAUCCUCUCCCAAAAAGGACAUUUUGGUGGCAAGGGGUGCACUCAGCUCAAAGCAAACCUGUGCCAGCACUGGAGGAUUCUGGCAGCUUCCUGCAAGGCGCCUGCUGCCCUCACCUCCCUUCUGCUCGCUCGUGUCCAGCUCCUGCUGCCUCUGUUGUAUCCCAGACCUGUGAUUGUGGGCAUGUUAUAUAUAAAUAAAAAAAUAAAAGCCUUGGAGCUGAA